UACUGGCAACAGUGAGGGGCGGUUGGAGCGCCUGUAUUCACAUUUACAUCAUCUGUACUUCCCUCUCACCCUCGCGCCCACGGACCUCUUUCAAUAUUGACUGAACUGCCUGGCGCAGACAGCUUGCCCAAGUUGUACCGCAUCGUGCGGACUUGCACCACCUUUGCAGUCGCAGUCGUCCUGACAGAAGGGAGGGGGAAGUCCAAACCAAGGCGUCGGAUCGGUGAAUCUUCUGGAAAGGCACGUUUGUCGACAAGGGUGUCUACACGGCGACGUGCUCCGAGUCUUCUGCAUAAUGUCCCGCGAGCGUGAGCCCCGUCACCGCACGGCUGGAUCGUCAGCGUCCGUGCGUGCUCCACGCGGUGCCUGCAAUGGAGAGAAGCGUCUGGAGUGUCCGGUGUGCGAGAAGCAGUUCGCCUUUAGAAGUAAACUAGAAACGCACCUUCGGACCCACACCGGAGAGAAGCCUUUCGAGUGCACAGUUUGUCAGACGAAGUUCGCUGUAAGUGGAGAUCUCAGAAAGCACCUUCGGACCCACACCGGGGAGAAGCCUUUCGAGUGCCCAGUUUGCAAGCAGAAGUUCAAUCAUAGUGGACAUCUCAGAAGGCACCUCCGCAUCCACACCGGGGAGAAGCCUUUCGAGUGCGCAGUUUGCAGGCAGAAGUUCAAUCAAAGUGGACAUCUCCGAAACCACCUUCGCACCCACACCGGGGAGAAGCCUUACGAGUGCACAGUUUGUCAGACGAAGUUCGCUGUAAGUGGAGCUCUCAGAAGGCACCUUCGCACCCACACCGGAGAGAAGCCUUUCGAGUGCACAGUUUGUCAGAAGAAGUUCGCUGUAAGUGGAGAUCUCAGAAGGCACCUUCGCACCCACACCGGAGAGAAGCCUUUCGAGUGCACAGUUUGUCAGACGAAGUUCGCUGUAAGUGGAGAUCUCAGAACGCACCUUCGGAUCCACACCGGGGAGAAGCCUUACGAGUGCACAGUUUGCAAGAAGAAGUUUGUGCAAAGUGGACAUCUUCGAAAGCACCUUCUGACACACAGCGGGGACACGCAUCGUGAGUGAAUAAUUUUCGACGACCUUGAUUUUUAUGGCAUUGUACACGGCACAUCGUUUAUGCCAUUUUAUUUCUGUUGACUGCCAAUCCAAGUGUGGACCAAGUCCACGC